UGGAAGAAAAAAGAAGCAAUCCAACCAACCAGUGAGAAGACAUCAUUUCAUUUAUCCUUCUUCUCAAAUGAGUCUCUCUUUUUGUUCCUUCUAAGGCUAAGCCUUCCUAGAUAGUAGAUCCCUUUACACUUUACGGAUUCCAAUAUUGUCAAACUCCCUGUGGAUGAGGCUGCAGCCAUGCAUUCUAAACCCUCAUCUAUCACUUCCAAUUACCCUCUCAUUUCUGCCAUUGUUGCUUUUGCACUAGCUCAAUCCAUCAAGUUCUUCACCACUUGGUUUAAGGAUAGAAGAUGGGAUCUGAAGCAAUUAGUUGGGUCUGGUGGAAUGCCAUCAUCUCAUUCAGCAACUGUCACUGCUCUUGCAGCUGCUAUUGGAUUGCAAGAAGGCUUUGGAGGACCUCUUUUUGCCACUGCCUUGGUUUUUGCUUGUAUUGUGAUGUAUGAUGCUACUGGUGUAAGAUUGCAAGCAGGACGCCAAGCAGAGGUUUUAAACCAAAUUGUGUAUGAACUUCCUGCUGAGCAUCCUCUGGCCGAAAGCAGACCACUUCGCGAACUUCUUGGGCACACCCCCCCUCAGGUCAUUGUCGGUGGGAUACUUGGACUUUUAACAGCAAUUGGCCUUUUAAGACCUGUGACCAAGAAUUGAGGCCUUUCUUGACAUUACUAACGGGGAAAACAAUGUCAAAUCUUUCUCGACUUCAACUGUGGUCUCAAAUUCUUCACUCAAAAACAAGUCUACAUUCUCAUGAACUUCACCAUCUGAUGUCAACAGCAUGUAUUAAAAUCUAAUAAACUACUACAUUUUAUUAGGUAUCUAAGAAGGACUAAUACAUAUUAUUUGACAUCAUUCAUUGAUCAAAAUCAUUUGAUUUAUCAGAA